GUGCCGUCGUUCCCGUCCCGUCCGUCCGUGCGUGCGUGCGUCGUGUGCUUGUGCGUUCUUCGCUCCGAGUGAAAACACAACAAUAACAAACUCACAGACUUUGCGUACUCGCCGAUCUCGGGGUCCACUCGCUCGCGUUUUACGAUGGCGCCGCCGAUUUACGUGCACGGUCCAACGACGUCUACCGCGGCGGAUUUUCGCUGAUAACGCCGCCGUGAGCGUGUGUCGUGUGUGUGUGUGUGUGCGUGCGUGUUAGCUGCGUAUUAAUACUACAGUCCGGAUCCGCGGGGACCGACAAUGGAAGAGACCAAAGUGAUCUAUCAUAUCGAUGACGAGGACACGCCGUACCUGGUCAAGCUGCCGAUUGCGGCCGACAAGGUCACGUUGGCCGAUUUCAAAAACGUCCUCAAUCGGCCCAACUACAAGUUCUUCUUCAAGUCUAUGGACGACGACUUUGGAGUGGUCAAAGAAGAAAUUGUUGAAGAUGAUUCUCCGUUGCCAUGCUUUAAUGGUCGUGUUGUUUCAUGGUUGGUUGCUGCUGAAGGUAGUAAUAUAUCUGAUGGAACAUCCCAAGGCACAGAUUCUGGUCAUCAUACACAUAGGACACAGGGCGAUAAUCAAGCUGGGAAAGCAGUAUCUAGAGUACAUCAAGAAGAUAUUGGAACUUGUACUGAUACAGAAUCAUCAAUAUCAAGUUCAAUACGUCCUGGACAUCAUCACUUGCCUCGUGAAAACCACCAUCGUCUAGCAAAUCCAAAGUUUCUUAAAUAUAAUGGGUUAGGUAUGAAUGGCCAUCCCAAACAACACAGACCUUAUGGUUCAUCUUCUAUGUUGAGCUCAGAGUUAGAAACUACUAGCUUUUUAGAAUCUGACGAGGAUGAUGCUUCAAGUCGAAUUACCACAACAACAGGACGAGCUACUAACAUUUCAAGUGAAUGGCAGCGUUUAGCAGGCAGUGGUCGUCGCCGAACUCAACAACGACGCAAACGACACCAAAGACCUGCUGGUCCAGGAGGAAUGUGUCGUACAUCUUCAUUUUCAUCAGUUACUGAUUCUAGCAUGUCAUUGAAUAUAAUUACUGUGACUUUAAAUAUGGAUUCUGUUAACUUUUUGGGAAUAUCCAUUGUUGGACAAAGUAAUAAUGGUGGAGAUGGUGGCAUUUAUGUUGGAUCUAUCAUGAAAGGUGGUGCAGUAGCGUUGGAUGGUAGAAUUGAACCUGGUGAUAUGAUAUUACAAGUUAAUGAUAUAAAUUUUGAAAAUAUGUCUAAUGAUCAAGCUGUUCGUGUUUUAAGAGAUGUGGUGCAAACUCCUGGGCCAAUUAAAUUAGUUGUUGCAAAAUGCUGGGAUCCAAAUCCAAAAUCAUAUUUCACUAUUCCUCGAACUGAACCGGUUCGACCUAUUGAUCCUGGUGCAUGGGUAGCUCAUACUGCUGCAAUGAGAGGUGAAACUUAUCCAUUACGACCACCAUCUGUGUCAACAGUUACAUCUACUAGUUCUUCUCUAGUGUCAACCAUGGCAGAAACAGAAAUAAAUGCUGUUUCUGCUAGUGCAUUUAAAGACCUACAGUUGGACGUUCGUACUACUGACAUGUUGAGUAUUGUUAGAGCUAUGGCUAGACUUGAUUCAGGUUUAGAGAUCAGGGAUAGAAUGUGGCUCAAAAUUGUUAUUCCUAACUCUUUCAUUGGUGUUGAUGUAGUUGAAUGGUUAGAGACACAUGUUGAUGGAUUUCAAGAUCGUAGAGAAGCAAGAAAAUAUGCAUCACACAUGCUCAAAGCUGGUUAUAUCAAACAUACUGUUAAUAAAACCACAUUUUCUGAACAAUGUUAUUACGUAUUUGGUGACUUACUCUCUGCUGGUAUGGAACAAAUAAAAAUAGAAGGUGAACCAGCUGAUAAUGUAGGUGUUGCAAGUCGAGGUGCCUGGGAUAUGCCAUACUCGGGAACUUUUAAUCCAAAUUCUUCGCCAAUGCCAUUUAAUUACCCAGGUGAACCUCCACGUUACUUGUUUGAUAAAGAUGAAAGUGGUUCAGGUGGUAGUAGGUCUGGUUCAGAUGUAAUGAAACAAAAUAUGAUAGGGUUAGCUAUGAGUGACCAUAGUGGUGGCACAGCUCAACAGAAUUCAGUUGCCGCCCCAUCAACUGUAGAUAAGUCUAGUGGCUCUGAAAAAUCUCAAGUGAUGGCACCACCAAAUGUACCUACUGAUCUUUCAGCUAGUCAACAAUCAUUCCGUAUGGCAAUGGGUAAUCCUUGUGAGUUCUUUGUAGAUGUAAUGUAAAUUAUGAUUAUAAAAACAGGAUAAAUAACAAUUUAUAUUGAGAAUUCAAAAUGUAUAAUAUACACUAGUUUCAAUGUUCUAUUCAUAUUUUCUCCUUCGUGUUAAAAAAAAAAAUAACUAAACAUAUUAUUUCCUCAUUAGAAAUGUAUGAGAAAUAAAUUUUUAUUGUUUAUUAUUGCCAUGUUCAAGUUAUACUUUUGUUUUUUAUAAUGUAAUUUAAUCUAGACAAUUUUUAGGUUUAAUAAAUUGAAAAUUAGUUUUCUUAAUUUCACUAUAUACUUUUUGUAGACAAAAUUCAUUAAGAAUUCAUUUUUAUUUUUUUUUUUUUUAUAAGAUCUGUUUAAUUGUAUUUUAUUUUUAUUAUGUUUAUUUUUUGUAACAAAAACAUAAUUGAAUUAUUCUUAAAGAUAAACCAUAAGUGACAAUUCUAACACCUUUAUUUUUAAAUAUUUCAGAAUUUCAAUAGUAUAUGGCUAAUUAAUUUAAGAACUAAUUUUACGUUUAUUAAUUGAUGCUUUUAGAAAUUAAUAUUAACAUUGUAAGAUGUUGCUAAGUAGAUAUCUAUGAUACAAUUUUCUUAAAUGAUCAAAAUUAAAAAUAUUCAUUUUCCAAUAUUUGGUUAAUAUUAAAAAAAAAAAAAUGAGAUAGUUUAGUAUUUUAAAUAUUUAUCAUGUUAGGAAGAUAAUUCAGAACAUAUUGUAUUUUCAUGAUUAGUCACAUAAACUAUAACUUGUCAUUUAUGGAGUUUCAUUGAAAAGAGUGGAAGCUGUAUUGUUUUUGUUAAAAUUAACAAUUUCUUUUCUAAUGUAUUGAUUGAUCCAAUAAUAGGGUAAUAAUUCUGUAAAUAAAUUUGAAUUUGUCAAAAUGUUAAUUCAUAGUCUAAAAAUAUUUUCUUCAAUUUUCCCCUCUAACCUAAUAAAUUACUAAUAAUAAUCAAGCAUUUAAGAUUUGUAUAUUUUUAAUAUGAAAUUAAAUUUAAAAAUAAAAUCAUCUUAUAAUUUAUAUAAGAACUCAGAAAAAACUUAAGUUAUUACUAACAACAUAACUAUCAUAACAUUUUCUGUGUGUUGUCCAUUUUAAUCAUCUUAAACAUUAAAUUCAUAUUUAUACAAUAUACAAAACUAAAAUUGGGUUUAAGUAAAUUUAAUUUAUAAGAAUCAUUGUUAUGUCAAUUCAGUUUUCCAUUCUUAUUAUCUAAUAACAAUUAACGAUUUAUUAUUAUGGUAUGAUGUUAAAGAAACUAAUCAUAAUUAUUUAACAUGUUUUUAAAUGGAGAAAAUUUUUGUCUAAUCAACAUAUUAUUUUAAUUAUGUUAUUGUUAAAAAAACCAAAAUUUUUAAGUAUUUGAUUUUGUUUGAUGUAUCAUAUUUAAAAAGUAUUUCAAUAUUUGCUUCUCUAGCUGUCAUGUCAUAUAUUAUUAUUUAAAUAAUAAUUGCUUAAUAACAUUUCAGACACUAAAGGUUACACACUGAUUUUAUUUUUGUUAUCGUGGUUAUAAGAUUGUAAAUAUUUUUUUCUAUUAGCCAUAAUAACUUAGCUAACAGAAAACGGCCUAACACAUUUUUAACUGUAAAAUAAUAUUUAAAGAUAAACAUUUUCCAACAAAUUAUGAGCAGUCAAAUUGUUUACUUUUGAUGUUCAUGUAUACAAAAUUUGGUAUCUAAUAUAACAUUUUGUGGAACCUAUUCACUAGUUUAUUCCUCAUACUUUGUCAAGUACAUUAACUGUAUUGAUAUAUUUUUUUUUAUUAUUAGCAUUUAAGUUUUAACACAUAUUUUACUGUUACAACAUAAGACUGUGAUAAAAUAAUCCAAACUCAGUUUUUAAAUUUGGUUAAUUGCUUUAUUUUUAUGUUUAUAUAAGUUUUCCGAUAUGAAGACAUUUUUUUGUUUUUUGAUACAGGGUAAGAAUUAUCAAUGUAUACGUUGUGUGUUUUAUGGUGGCAUAACCUUUUAUGCUUUUAAUAUUUUAUUAUUUUUAUUUAAUGUGUUUUAAAUCGAAAAUAACUAAAUAACUGUUGCAUGCCAAAUUAUUAUUUAUACUGUCUGAGUGACUUUUUUGUAACAAUUAUUGUAAUGUACCUACCUAAUAAAUCUUCAUUCUGUAGCUAAACCAA